CAGGCUUUUGCUCUCUUCACAAAUAGAACACGGCUCUCCAACACAGGCAGUCCCAAUCUGACCUUCAAGCACACGGAACCCUGUAACGGGAGAUCGGUGGGGGACUGUCGAGAGAAAAAUACCCAAUCUAAACUUCUGCCAUUUUAACCGUUCAUCACCAUCAUCAUCAGUGCGUGUACUGGCACCCGCCGUAUCAGCUGGACUAUACUUUUUCUUUUGGUAACAAGACAUUCAGGGGAGAGGAAAACAAUUUAUUCCUGCAUUGACUUCUCCCCGUUCCUCAUCUCUACACCGAGUUGUAUUCGUUUUCCCCCAGUUUGCUUUGCACACUUGCAGAGGAGGUAAGCCGAGCUGAGUGUGCCUCUUGUGUGUGUAUGCCUGUCUCGCAGCAGAACCAGUCGGAUGCUCUGAGCCUACCGGACGCAGAGCUGUAUAUGGAAGUUGUGGGCUAUAAGGCAGAAGCGAGCUGUUGCACAUUACGUCGUUCAAGAGCGGGAGCCAUGCUGUUCCACGGGAUCUCCGGUGACCACAUCCAGGGCAUCAUGGAGGAGAUGGAGAGGAGAUCCAAAACCGACUCGCGCCUGGCCAAGGGCGUGCGGCUCAACGGAAGGGAAGCGACCAUGCCUUCCAUGGGCCCUGAGAAACCCGCGUUGUGUGCCGGCUGUGGAGGCAAAAUAUCGGAUAGAUAUUAUCUGCUCGCUGUGGACAAACAAUGGCACCUACGGUGCCUCAAAUGCUGUGAAUGUAAACAGCAUUUGGAGUCAGAGCUCACGUGUUUCGCCAAGGAUGGCAGCAUCUACUGCAAGGAUGAUUACUACAGAAGGUUCUCCGUGCAGAGGUGCGCUCGCUGCCACCUCGGGAUCUCAGCAUCUGAGAUGGUGAUGCGCGCGAGGGACUCCGUGUACCACCUGAGCUGCUUCACGUGCACCACGUGCAACAAGACCCUGACCACAGGCGACCACUUCGGCAUGAAAGACAGCCUGGUGUACUGCCGGGUCCACUUCGAGACCAUAUCCCAGGGAGAGUACCCCCACCCUGGCCUCAACUAUGCCGAGAUGGCGGCUAAAGGUGGAGGUCUGGCGCUGCCAUACUUCAAUGGCACUGGAACGGCCCAGAAGGGAAGGCCUCGGAAGAGGAAGAGCCCCGCCAUGGGCAUAGACAUCACUAGCUACAACUCAGGUUGUAAUGAGAAUGAUGGGGAACACCUGGAUCGUGACCAGGCCUACCCUCCAGCCCAGAAGAACAAGCGCAUGCGUACCUCCUUCAAGCACCAUCAGCUCCGCACCAUGAAGUCCUACUUUGCUAUCAACCACAACCCAGACGCCAAGGACCUCAAACAGCUGGCCCAGAAGACAGGCCUCACCAAAAGAGUUCUACAGGUAUGGUUCCAAAACGCAAGAGCCAAAUUCAGAAGGAACGUUUUGCGACAGGAGAAUGGUGUUGACAAGGCCGACGGCACGUCACUCCCUCCGCCCUCGUCCGACAGCGGCGCUCUGACACCCCCCUCCAGCGCGGCCACACUAACAGACCUGACCAAUCCCUCUAUCACUGUAGUGACCUCCGUCACGUCUAGUUUGGACAGCCAUGAUUCGGGGAGCCCCUCACAGACUACCUUGACAAACCUUUUCUAGCAAGCUCUACGACUCCUAGCUCUUAACUCAUUUUGUUUUUUUCCCCCCAAUUUGCAAUGAUAUAUUUUUAAACAACAUCUUUAAAGAAAACWGAGACAGUUCCAUGGAUACAUAAAGUACGGUACUGUACUGUACACACAACAGAAAGCAGCAAGAACAUCGACAACAACAACAGCAACAUUUAAUCAGGAGGAGAUUAUUUUGAUGUGUAGCAUUUGCAACCGCUUGGCAGCUGAGUUUGUAGUCAACCUAUUUAGUGAUUGGUCUUGUGUCGAGGACYUUUUGAAUCUGGAAGGCAUUGACAAAUUAUUAUAGAGGGUUCCACAAUCUGGGUCAGAGCCCAAAAUUAAGUUAUUUAAAUGGUAAUAGUAUAUUAUUUUUUACUUUAUUUAAUUUAAUUUGUUCAUUUGAUUUGAUUUAGUCUAAAAUUGAUCCCGGCCUGAUAAUUCAUUUAAAAUCAUUAAUACUAUGUUAGUACUAUCCUAUUUAAAGCAUAUUUUGAUAUUUCCUUUUUUACAUUUUUUUAUCUUUUAAAUAUGAAUUUUCWGAAUGUUGUGUAAAAGAUCAUUCAGAGUUAUCCUGGAUGUUAUAAGACAUUGGAGCAUUAUAGAGAUGAGUAAUUUCCCAUCUCUAAAUUAACGUUGUAUACAUUACAACAAAACAAACAUUACAACUCUAAUGCCAGGUGGCUGCGGUGACGUCAACAUGCAUUUUGUCUUAACAUGAUACACCUCAACUGUGAUAGAAAAGGAUAAGAACAGAACACAUCUCUAGAUCUGUACAGUGGUAACUGACACAUCUCUAGAUCUGUACAGUGGUAACUGACACAUCUCUAGAUCUGUACAGUGGUAACUGUCCAACAUGGAAUGCAGUCACGUUGAUAUUAGAAGGAGUUCAACAAUAUAAAUCAGUGAGUAAAAUUCUGAUUGGGACAGAGUUCACGGGCACUGUUUGAAAUUAUUGUUUCCAUGAUACUUUUACUAAUCUGUUGGCCUCAUUUUACAUACCAAACACACAACUGGAAAAACAAUUCUGUUGGCCUCAUUUUACAUACCAAACACACAAAUGGAAAAAACAGUAGUUUAUCUGGAUUCAGCGAGCCCGUAGAAUUACUGUUAAGUACAAUUGCACAGUGACAAUAUACUGCCCAAAAGGAAAGUACAUUAUUAUUAUUAUUAUCAUCAUGUUUCUCAGGGUAAAGAAGGGUUGAUUCUGAAAAAGGUAAGAAGGUCGGAGAGGAAGAUAAUAAAAAGUGAGGGAUGACGAUAUGGAAGAUGUGUAGACCUGACAGAAACAUUACAAUGACCCCAGAAAAGCUGGAGAUAUUAGACAGCUAGUGGGACAAAGAAAUCAUCCUCCACGUUUUCUCCUUGGCCAUAUUUAAACUUUACCGACACUUGCUACUGAACAGACCAAUUAUCUUUUUCAUCUGGCUGAUUUCGGAGAAAGAGAGACAAAAGAAAUAGAAGGAUUUCUUUCUGACGGGGUUCAACUUGUAUUUUUUGUCUCCUGGGCAAGCUGUUUAAGGUCGUUGGCGUCGGGUUGUGGUUGAUAGCAAAGCAGGACUACAUGGUGCGAAUUAGGAGAAAGAAAAAGAGAGAUUCCUGGCUGCGGGCUUCAAACAUUUUUUAUUGUAAUUGUCACAAUUUGUUCUAUUGUAGAACAUAGCGUUACUCUCAAUCUACUUGAUGAAGUAGAUGCUUAACUCAGUUCUACUAUGUGCCUUAUGCUAUAACUUGGAAGAAAGUUUGUAAACUUCAGGAUUUAUAUGUUAUUGUUUGUUGACUGAUUCACAUCCUUUUGACGCCUCACUAGUUUUGUACUGUUUUAACAUCUUAUUUCUGAAGAUCUUUUUAUGGUGUAUCCUGUUAGAAAGGGGGCAGCGAUGUCUUAGAAAGCAGCACUCUUUCAGAUAUAGUUGGUUAAUCCAAUAAUAUUCAUGUUAAUAGUUGAGUACACUAAGUGUUCUAUCGAGAUUGUCCAUGUUUCCCUGUUUCUUGACAAAGAUGGUGUAUAGAAACUAUUUCCCCUUAAAUAUUUAUGGACCAAACGGUUGUUAUAUAUCUUAUUAAAUUUUGUGUGAAUAAAAAAAUACUUUGUUUUAAA